GACAUCAUCUCUCCUGCUCCACUCUCCUGCUGAUGAGCAAUAAGAGCAGGAUUAAGUAGGACCACAGGAUAAAAGGGCAGCAAGAAGGCUGGCAGAAUGAAACUGCUUCUGCCGGCCCUGGGGAAGCUUGGGAAGAGGCAUUUGAGUAGCUCUCAGCAGCACGGUAGGCUGUUGAUCCGAAGUAGAUGAGCAGCGGACACUGCGAGACGGUCCAUAGGAUGCUCACAUUCUCCGCUCAUUGCGGACUGGCUCACUUGGGAUACAUGGCAUCCCUCAAAGGCAACUGAGGCUUCAAAGGUAGAACGUCAUGACAUGAAUACCCUCAGCCUACCCCUGAACAUACGCCGAGGGGGCUCCGACACCAACCUCAACUUUGAUGUCCCAGAUGGUAUCCUGGACUUCCACAAGGUCAAACCCAGCGCGGACAGCCUGAAACAAAAGAUCUUAAAGGUGACAGAGCAGAUCAAAAUCGAGCAGACGUCCCGCGAUGGGAACGUCGCCGAGUACCUGAAACUCGUCAGCAGCGCGGACAAGCAGCAGGCCGGGCGCAUCAAGCAAGUUUUCGAAAAGAAGAACCAGAAGUCGGCGCACUCCAUCGCCCAGCUGCAGAAGAAGUUGGAGCAGUACCACAGGAAGCUGAGGGAGAUCGAGCAGAACGGAGCCUCCAGGAGCUCCAAGGACAUUUCCAAAGACAGCCUGAAGGAGAUACACCACUCGCUGAAGGAUGCCCACGUGAAAUCGCGAACUGCUCCCCACUGCCUGGAGAGCAGUAAGUCGAGCAUGCCCGGGGUGUCCCUCACGCCCCCGGUGUUUGUCUUCAACAAGUCCAGGGAGUUUGCCAACUUGAUCCGGAAUAAGUUCGGCAGCGCCGACAACAUCGCUCACUUGAAAAACUCCCUGGAAGAGUUCAGGCCCGAGGCCAGCGCCAGGGCUUACGGGGGCAGCGCCACCAUCGUGAACAAACCCAAGUACGGCAGCGAUGACGAGUGCUCCAGCGGCACCUCGGGCUCGGCGGACAGCAACGGGAACCAGUCCUUCGGGGCCGCUGGGGCCGGCACGCUGGACGGCCAGGGCAAGCUGGCCGUGAUCCUGGAGGAGCUGAGGGAGAUCAAGGACACCCAAGCCCAGCUGGCGGAGGACAUCGAGGCGCUGAAGGUGCAGUUUAAGAGGGAAUAUGGCUUCAUCUCUCAGACCCUGCAAGAGGAGAGGUACAGGUAUGAGCGACUGGAAGACCAGCUGCACGACCUGACGGAGCUUCACCAGCAUGAAACGGCCAACCUGAAGCAGGAGCUAGCCAGUGCCGAGGAGAAGGUGGCCUACCAGGCCUAUGAGCGCUCGAGGGACAUCCAGGAAGCCUUGGAAUCUUGCCAGACGCGCAUCUCCAAGCUGGAGCUGCAUCAACAGGAGCAGCAGACCCUGCAGACGGAUGCCGUGAACGCCAAGGUGCUGCUGGGGAAAUGCAUCAACGUGGUCCUGGCCUUCAUGACCGUCAUCCUGGUGUGCGUGUCCACCCUGGCCAAGUUCGUCUCGCCCAUGAUGAAGAGUCGCUUCCACAUUCUGGGCACCUUCUUUGUGGUGACUCUCCUUGCAAUAUUUUGUAAAAACUGGGACCAUAUCCUGUGUGCCAUAGAAAGGACAAUCAUCCCAAGAUGAGCCCGCUGCUUCCUGCCUUCACGUUCUCUCAAGUUUUUUUUUUUUGUUUUUUUUUUUUU